AUCUUGAGAGCAGGUGGAUGUGAUAUGCAGUAAAUCAGUAGGAACUGAUCUGUCCAUGCUGGAUAUUGAUGAUUUCAUCACAGGAAUCUCUCAGCUGAAGAAAAAGGUGACGUCACUGAAGACAAAACUGAUGGAGAGAGACGACAGGUUACAGGAGCUGGAAAAGGUUUCCUGUCAAUCUUCAGUGUGUGUGACUGAUGGGACCUCCACAGAAUGUCAGGAUUCAGUGUGGAGCGGCAGAGAUCAGUCCACACCACAGCGACUGCUGGACAAACUCUCUGAACAGAGAUCCAGAGACACACAGGACUCACAGCUCACUUUACUCUGUUCUACUGACGGUAAUCAGGGUGAUCAAACCCCCACAGAGUCUCUGACACCAGCGGAGAUUGAAGUGAUGCUGGAGGAGAUAAAAGAAGAGGAACAUCAGAGUGAUGAAUAUGAAGAUGAUGACGAUUAUGAUGACGAUGAUCAAACCUCCACAGUGUCUCUGGAUUCUGUCUGUAAUGCUGGAGAACAGCAGAUGCUGCAGAUACCAGUGAAGAUGUGUUCAGUGAAGCUGCUGGACUGCUGGAACUUGAUGAAGAUGAGAGGAGAAAUCAAAGUAGAGGAACAACAGAGUAAUGAAGAUGAUGAUCAAAUCUCCACAGAGUCUCUUGCUUUUGUCUUUAACGCUGGAGAACAGCAGAUGCUGCAGAUACCAGUGAAGAUCGAAGUGGAGCUGGAGGAGAUAAAAGAAGAAAACACAGUAGAGGAACAACAGAGAGCUGAAGAUUAUGUUUCUUCAGAACUGAUGGAAGUGAAGGAGAAAUGUCAAGAACUGAAUAACAUGGAGAACAAACUUCAGUGUCAGAAACAUCAUGAUUUUAUAACUGGAGAAAAAUCUUUGAUUUGCUCAAAGACUAAGAAGAAUUUAACACCAGAAAAGCAUAAAAGAAGAGCAGCCAAAAAUACUUUCACCUGCUCACAGUGUGGAAAGAUUUUCACAAAUAAAAGCCGGUUUAAUAAACACAUGAACGUUCAUAAUGGAGAGAAACCGUACACGUGCCAUCAGUGUGGGAAAGGUUUUGCAUAUACAGUUUGUCUCAAAGGUCAUCUCCGCUGUCAUUCUGGAGAGAGACCAUUUAAAUGUGACAAGUGUGGUAAAACAUUUGUUUUGAAUUCAAGCCUAAGAAAACACAUGAAAACUCACACAGACGAGAAGCCUUACAAGUGUUCUUUUUGUGGAAACCGUUUUACACACCUGUCCUAUUUGAAAAAGCACCAGAAAAUACAUACCUGUGUGGGGGCUCAUAUGUGCUUUGAAUGUGGGAAGACCUUUACUACAGCCGGCAGCAAGAAACAGCACCAAAUAAUUCAUGCUGGAGAAAAACCAUACAAGUGCUCACGCUGUGGAAAAAGUUUCACACAGUCAAUAAACCUGAAAACACACGAGAGAAUUCAUACUGGAGAGAAACCUUACAAAUGCUCACACUGUGGAAAGAGUUUCACACAGUCACAAAACCUGAAAAGACACAAGAGAGUUCAUACUGGAGAAAAACCUCACAAAUGCUCACACUGUGAAAAGAGUUUCACUCGGUUACAAGACCAGAAAUCACAUGAGAGAAUCCAUACUGGAGAAACGCCUUACCAGUGCUCACACUGUGGAAAGAGUUUCACUCAGUCACAAAACCUGAAAACACAUGAGAAAAUCCAUACUGGAGAAAAACCUUACAAGUGCUCACACUGUGAAAAGAGUUUCACUCAGUUACAUUAUCUGAAAACACAUGAGAGAAUUCAUACUGGAGAAAAACCUUUCAAGUGCUCACACUGUGAAAAGAGUUUCACUCAGUCACAAAACCUGAAAACACACGAGAAAAUCCAUACUGGGGAAAAAUCUUACAAGUGCUCACACUGUGAAAAGAGUUUCACUCAGUUACAUUAUCUGAAAACACAUAAGAAAAUCCAUACUGGAGAAAAAUCUUACAAGUGCUCACACUGUGAAAAGAGUUUCACUCAGUUACAUUAUCUGAAAACACAUGAGAGAAUUCAUACUGGAGAAAAACCUUUCAAGUGCUCACACUGUGAAAAGAGUUUCACUCAGUCACAAAACCUGAAAACACACGAGAAAAUUCAUACUGGAGAAAAACCUUACAAGUGCUCACACUGUGGAAAGAGUUUCACUUGGUCACAACAACUGAAAACACACAAAAUAAUUCAUACUGGAGAAAAACCUUACAAGUGCUCACACUGUGAAAAGAGAUUCACUUGGUCACAACAACUGAAAACACACAAAAUAAUUCAUACUGGAGAAAAACCUUACAAGUGCUCACACUGUGAAAAGAGAUUCACUUGGUCACAACAACUGAAAACACACAAAAUAAUUCAUACUGGAGAAAAACCUUACAAGUGCUCACACUGUGAAAAGAGAUUCACUUGGUCACAACAACUGAAAACACAUGAGAGAAUUCAUACUGGAGAAAAACCUUACAAGUGCUCACACUGUGGAAAGAGUUUCACUCAGUCAGAAUACCUGAAAAAACAUGAGAGACUUCAUACUGGAGAAAAACCUUACAAGUGCUCACACUGUGAAAAGAGUUUCACUCAGUCAGAAUACCUGAAAAAACAUGAGAGAAUUCAUACUGGAGAAAAACCUUACAAAUGCUCACACUGUGGAAAGAGUUUCACUCAGUCAGAAUACUUGAAAAAACAUGAGAGACUUCAUACUGGAGAAAAACCUUACAAGUGCUCACACUGUGAAAAGAGUUUCACUCAGUCAGAAUACCUGAAAAAACAUGAGAGAAUUCAUACUGGAGAAAAACCUUACAAAUGCUCACACUGUGAAAAGAGUUUCACUCAGUCACAACAACUGAAAACACAUGAGAGAAUGCAUACUGGAGAAAAACCUUACAAGUGCUCACACUGUGAAAAGAGUUUCACCCGGUCACAUCACCUGAAAAAACACCAGAGAAUUCAUACUGGAGAAAAACCUUACAAGUGCUCAAACUGUGAAAAGUGUUUCACUUAUUCACAAGACCUGAAAAAACAUGAGAGACUUCAUACUGGAGAAAAACCUUACAAGUGCUCACACUGUGGAAAGAGUUUCACUCAGUCAGUAUACCUGAAAAAACAUGAGAGAAUUCAUACUGGAGAAAAAACUUACAAAUGCUCACAUUGUGAAAAGAGUUUCACUCAGUCAGAAUACCUGAAAAAACAUGAAAGAAUUCAUACUGGAGAAAAACCUUACAAAUGCUCACACUGUGAAAAGAGUUUCACUCAGUCACAACAACUGAAAACACAUGAGAGAAUUCAUACUGGAGAAAAAUCUUACAAGUGCUCACACUGUGAAAAGAGUUUCACUCAGUCAGAAUACCUGAAAAAACACCAGAGAAUUCAUACUGGAGAAAAACCUUACAAGUGCUCACACUUUGGAAAGAGUUUCACUCGUAAAACUGCCUAUCCCUAGAAACUGCCCUGCAUGAACAUGUGGGAAAUGUUUUAGGGCAGCAAGUACAAAGAAAGUUUUUUACAUGUCCCAGUAGACACACUGUGUUCGAGUGUCGGAGCAAUUAUUGGUUUCACCAGAUGAAUGAAUACACCUCUGACAGGGUUUCCCGCAGAAAAUGUGUUAGUUAAGGUGGGGGGGGGGGGGGUAUUUGGAAUUGCAUAACUCCUGACACAAAUUAAGAUUCGUUCAAAGCCACAGAUUUCAUUGCAAAAUAGAGCAAUAAGCCUGACUAUACUGUUUUAAAUGUAGUAAAUCACUUAAUGUUACCAUUUUGUUUUGUUUUUUUACUGUUGUAUAAAAUCAAUGUCACAUUUGAAAUCGUGUGGAUAUUCGGGAAACAUUGCAUCAACAUUAAAAACACCGCUGGGAUAUCAGCCUGCAUUUUGUUCGCACAAACAGUGCAAGCGGCUCGUGACAGAACACAGGCCGACUGAAUGACCCUUCAAUUUAAGUUGACAAUCUCAAAUGAAGAUUGCUGAACUCCAGCUCGUCUGUGUUUUCAGAUCAUCCGCGCUUCUUGCGUUAGAGAGCGCGCGCGCAUGAUUGCCAGAUACUAUUGAAAAGACCGGGUAGAAAACAUGUUCUUUUAACAGAAAAGCUCUGAUUUGGGGUUUAAAUUAUUGAAUUCUGGCAUUAAACUGAAACGUUCCCACUUCAGACGACAAACUACGCUUGGCUACUAUCUUGUUCUGCAAUUCACUUGCCUAGUAACCAUAGUAACGGUGCGCACGCUUUCACGCUUUCUGCUAUGACGUGGAGUGCGGGAUGCACUCAACGUUGCAUGAAUUUUUAAUUAGCCUGCAUUAGUAACAGUUAAUUUUGUUAUGGUAUGAACUUAAUGCUAGUAAAGGCAAAAAAUAUAUAAUACAUUUGUAAAGAAAUCCAAGACUUUGUAUACCAAAUCCAAGGCUUUUAAGGCCUUAAUUUGAGAUUAUUUUUCAAUGCUUUUAAGAUCCUGCGGGUACCCUGGUUAAUGUGUCUUGUCCCCUCACAAUGACAGUAAAUUAAUUAUUAGGCUACAUUACGUCAGUCACGUCACAUAGUGGUCUAUUUUCAGUUCAAAAUGGCGAAAAUAGACAAAAGUUUAUUAAUUUGCCUGAUUAUUUUUGUGAUUCGUUUAACAUUUAUGACCUAAAAAACUGUCAAAUAGCAAAUGUUUAGUUUAGCAACUUACAUCUUAUCUCGCACUUGACCGACUGUAAACUGAAGCUGUCGAGUCGCUCCUUUACUGUCAAGUCGCUCUGCUAAAAUUCGCGCUGUGAACAUAAAGCCCGCCUACUUUGAUUUGAUUGAUAUUCUGACAUUGACGAGCAGUGACAGACCAAUGAGGCUCAGAUGAACACACACACACGCUCGGCACCGCUGCGGAAGAACACGCUGAUAACAAGACUGAAGCGAACACGAAGGCUUAUCACAUAUUUAAAGAUGGAAAGGGAGAAAACAGGACACAGUAACACGGCGAAUAUCGCUCAUAUAUAUUUUUUUGACGACGUAGUUAAGGCGGCAGGCGUGUGUUGCUUAGGCGGCCGCCUUAGUUUCAAAGUGCUGCGGGAAACCCUGCCUCUGAGUCAGUUGUGUCUGUUGUUUGAGUCUGAUUCGUGGUCCAGAGUUCACCAAACGUAAACUUUCGAUACACAUCGUAGUAUGACAUUUCUUCAAUGAGGUUGCCAUUAUUGAUUGAGGACAUAUAAAAUCAGUGUUCAAAACUCCAUGACAUAACUACAGAGACUGAUUCGUUUCCAUGACAGCAGGGCUGCCAGCUAAUAAAUCCUAAAAUGCUCAUUUCAUGUCUGAUUCAGUUACAUAUUUUUAUUAUACGUGGCAAUAUUUGCCCACUCUUCUUUACAAAAGAACUCCAAAUCUGUCAGAUUGCGAGGAUAUCUCCUGUGCACAGCCCUCUUCAGAUCACCCCACAGAUGUUCAAUUGGAUUCAUGUCUGGACUCUGGCUGGGCCAUUCCAAAAUGUUAAUCUUCUUCUGGUGAAGCCAUGCUUUUUUGGAUUUGGAUGUGUGCUUUGGGUCGUUAUCAUGCUGAAAGGUGAACUUCAGCUUUCUAACGGACGCCUGAAGGUUUUGUGCCAAAAUUGCCUGGUAUUUGGAACUGUUCAUAAUUCCCUCCACCCUGACUAAGGCUCCGGUUCCAGCUGAAGAAAAACAGCCCCAAAGCAUGAUGCUGCCACCACCAUGCUUCACUGUGGUGGUGGCGUAGUGGGCUAAAGCACAUAACUGGUAAUCAGAAGGUCACUGGUUCGAUCCCCACAGCCACCACCAUUGUGUCUUUGAGCAAGGCACUUAACUCCAGGUUGCUCCAGGGGGAUUGUCCCUGUAAUAAGUGCACUGUAAGUCGCUUUGGAUAAAAGCGUCUGCCAAAUGCAUAAAUGUAAAUGUAUGGUGUCCUUUGGGUGAUGUAUAGUGUUGUUUUUGCGCCAAACAUACCUUUUGGAAUUAUGGCCAAAAAGUUCAACCUUGGUUUCAUCAGACCAUAACACAUUUUCCCACGUGCUUUUGGGAAACUUGAUGUUUGUUUUUGCUAACUUCAGCCAGGCUUGGAUGUUUUUCUUUGUAAGAUAAGGCUUCUGUCUUGCCACCCUACCCCAUAGCCCAUUCAUAUGAAGAAUACGGGAGACUGUUGUCACAUGUUGCACACAGCCAGUACUUGCCAGAAAUUCCUGCAGUUCCUUUAAUGUUGCUGUAGGCCUCUUGGAAGCCUCCCUGGCCAGUUUUCUUCUCGUCUUUUCAUCAAUUUUGGAAGGAUGUCCAGAUCUUGGUAAUGUCUCUGUUGUGCCAUAUUUUCUCCACUUGAUGUUGACUGUCUUCACUGAGUUCCAUGGUAUAUCUAAUGCUUUGGAAAUUAUUUUGUACCCUUCUCCUGACUGAUAUCUUUCAACAUGCUUUGGAAGCUCUCUGCGGACCAUGGCUUUUGCUCUGAAAUGCAACUAAGAAAAUGUCAGGAAAAUCCUACUAGAACAGCUGAAAUUUAUUUGUGAUUAAUCAUAGUCACUUUAAAUGAUGGCAGGUGUGUAAUGACUUCUAUUUAACAUGAGUUUGAAUGUGAUUGUUUAAUUCUGAAUGCAGCCACAUCCUCAGUUAUAAGAGGGUGUGCACACUUAUGCAACCAGGUUAUUGUAAGCCCCCCCCCCCCCACACACACACACAAAGAUUUCAGUCUGUUUUUCAAUUGAAUUAUUCACAUUAUAGGUCACAUUAAA